AUGCAGGGUGGAAUUAGAAGAAAGAAGGACUUGCUGCCACGGUACAAAAAAUCAGGGAACUAUGAUAACAGGCAGUCGUCGAGUGUGUUUGGCAAAUAUUCAAGAUCGCUGAAAGUGAUCGCGGCGUAUUCUGCUUUGCUAGUGCUGGCCUAUCUGAUCCUCAAUGGAGCUUUCUCAGACAUGAACACUCCACCGACGUUUGAGUUGGAGUCCCUGAAUCCGGAGACGGAGACGGUCGCCAAGGUCAACGUGCCAAAGGACAAACAGUUUCAUAACGAAGUAGCUAGACAGCAGGAAGUACAAAAUUUAAAUAAAGACACGGUAAAGGAUACAAAGUUGAUAUAG